AUGAAACAAAUGCUUAAUAAUUUGCUCACAAAAUUAAUGACAUUUUUGUCGAGACUUAAUGAUAAUUAAAUAUCAAUAGAAAUUUCUUCUGAACAAAAUUAUAUUGACAUAAUAAUUUACGUUAAAUCUGUCACUGCCUUUCAUAUAAAACUGUAAAAAAAAAUCCAUUUCAGAAAAAUUUUAAAAUAAAUUGGACCAUUUGAUACAUUAAUAGUCAAAUAGGAAAGUAAAAUUAAUUUUUAAAUUUAGGCGUAAUUAUUCGUUUAUACAAAAAUAUGGAAAGCUUAGAUAGAAUGAAUCCAUUUGAAUUGUAUUGA